CAACAGUACUGAACUUUACCCGGCGGAAGGCAUUACACGCAGCGCUAGCCUCUGCACCCCACAUUCGCGUCUUGUGUUUCUCCGUCCGCCCAAUGUUGCCGUCUACUAUAGGUUUCAUCUGCGCCAAUUCGCAGCUCUUGGCGCGGACAUGGAGGCUAAUGUGCAGCUAUAACACGCACUAGCCUGAGCUUUUACCCGGGAGUUCUGGACGCAGUCGCAAGGGCGGGAACAAUCGACUCGGCAGUGACGAUAAUCGACAACAUGCCCCGGUCAGAAAGAUGGGGCAAUCUAUAAGCUUGAUGGAUUCAACACCUCGCCAUUGAACGCCUCUAUCACGCCCAACUGACACAACAGCUUCCAUCGGCAGUCAUGCUGCGGUCGACAGCUCUCGGAGGCACACGCUCCGCGUUAGUCGUUUCGUUGUUACCCGGUCUUGCACUCGGGCAGUUUCUCACUGGUUUCUACAAUCCAAUCCUUCCUGGUUUCCAUCCGGAUCCGAGCUGUAUCCAUCUGAAGGAGGAUGAUACGUUCUACUGCGCGUCGUCGAGCUUCAACGCCUUUCCUGGUAUUCCGAUUCAUGCGAGCAAAGACCUGACGACAUGGCGACUUGUUGGGAAUGCCUUGAACCGCGAAAGUCAGCUCCCGGAGUUAGCAAUAUCCAAUGGAUCGACGAGCGGCAUCUGGGCACCUGCGCUCCGAUAUCACAACGGAACGUUCUAUGUUGUGACUACGCUCGUGCACGACAAGAAGGCCCCGGAAGAUCCUACACGGUGGGAUAAUAUCAUCUUCUCUACGCCAGACAUCUGGGAUGAGAGCAAGUGGAGUGAUGCGGUCCACUUUGACUUCGAGGGAUACGAUACCAGUCCUUUCUGGGAAAAUGGCGACUCGUACAUUGUGGGGAGUCAUGCCUAUCGUGUGGAGCCUGGCAUCCACCUUAGCAAGGUUGAUCUCAAGACUGGAGAGGUGAAGAGCAAUUGGACGAACCUGUGGAAUGGCACAGGUGGCUUAGCACCCGAAGGCCCUCACAUCUACACGAAGGAUGGAUACUAUUACUUGAUGAUCGCCGAGGGUGGCACUGGCUUGGGGCACAUGGAAACAAUUGCUCGAUCGGAGAAUCUCUAUGGGCCCUACGACCCUAACCCGGCGAACCCGAUCUUGACCAAUGCGAACACAUCGGAAUACUUCCAAACCGUCGGCCAUGCCGACCUGUUCCAAGAUCGCCGCGGCGAUUGGUGGGGAGUGGCGCUUUCGACGCGCUCCGGUUCUGAAUACAUCACCUACCCAAUGGGCCGCGAGACGAUCUUGACCAAUGUCACCUGGGAGAACAGAUCAUGGCCCGUCUUCAACAAUCCAAUCAAGGGUGCAAUGAGAGGAUGGCAGCUGCCGAGGAUCAUCCAGAAUCUGCCUGGCGACGGUCCAUUUGUCACAGAAGGCGACAACAACUUGCAGUUCCGGCCUGGAUCAGAGAUACCGCCGCAUUUCGUUUAUUGGCGCCCGCCGAUCAAGGAGAACUACGCCAUCUCUCCCGAGGGUCAUCCGAACACGCUGCGUCUGAAGCCAUCCAGGCUUAAUCUGACAGCGCUAGAUGGCAAUGCUGGAGGUCCAGGAGGACAAACCUUUGUGGGACGAAGACAGGUCGAUACGUUGUUCACUUACCGCGUCGAUCUGAACUACAGCCCCAAGACUCUAGAGGAAGAAGCUGGCGUCACCCUCUUCUUGACUCAGAACCACCACGCCCGGUUCGGCCUUACUAUGCUACCGCUAGCCAACGGCAGCAGCAGCGCGCUAGUCCCACACUUCCGCUUCGACGCAAUCUCCUACAUCCCAGUGCCGCCUUCCUUUUCAAUCCCCCUUUCGGCUUCCAUGCAGAACAAAACCCUCACUAUGGAGAUUAGGACCGUCAAUCAAACGCACUUCUCGUUCGCAGCUGGCUCUGCGAAGAGCAGGGAGCCACUGACAAUCUUCGCAUACGCACCCGGGGAUAUUGUUAGCUGGGGGUUUACCGGGACUCUGCUGGGUGUGUAUGCGACGAGCAAUGGUGGAAAUGGGACGACGGAAGCGUAUGUGAGCAAUUGGAAGUAUGAGGGUUGGGGCCAGAUUAGGGAUAACUUCGCUGGGCCGCUGGUACAGUGAAAUGAUGUUCGCCAUAGGGGUAUCCGAAGACUUGUACAUAUCAUCGCG